AUGUAUAUAAAUAAAGUAAACUUAUUUAAAUAUGAAGAAAAAAAUAAAAAAUUAAAUUCUUUCCUUCUAAAUUCCAACUAUAGUAUGAAUAAUAAUGAUAAUAAGAAUAUUCAACAAAUGAAUCUUGAAAAGUGUGAAAAAGCAUCAAUUUUACUUGAUAAUUUUAAUGUACUAAAUCAAUUAACUUUAAAAGAAGAAAAUAAAAAAUUUCAAAGAAAUGCAUUGAAUGAUUACAUUUUAUACAAUUAUGAUAAUAUAGGAUACGAAAAAUCAACAGAUUCUAAUUUUUCUAAUUCUGAAAAUAUUUUUGAUUUAACUAAGUUUCAUUUUAAAGAAAGGAAUCAUGAAAGUAGUUUAAAUGAAAAUUCACUUUAUGAUAAUUCUAAAUAUAUAUAUGAAAAUAAAUAUAAGAAUAUAGAUUACAAUAGAAAUUAUGAAAAAGAGAGUGAAGUUUACUAUCAAGACAUAAUUAGCAAUAAUUACGAAGAUUCAGAGGAAAAUGAAGACAAUAGUGAUGAAAAAAUUAAUUUUAGACAUAAUUCUCAAAAUACGAAUAAUAAUUAUUAUAACAAAUUAGAAAAAUAUAAAUACAAUGAAAAAAAUAAUUAUGAAGAUAUAAACAUAUGUACAAAUAAUAAAGUAGAAAAUAUUUCUAGAAAAAAGAAAACAAAAUGUAAUUAUAUUGAAAAAAUAUUUGAUUUAAAAAAAGAAAAGGAUUUAUUAAAGGAUAAAAAAAAUAACAGUGGUGAUAUAAAAAAGAAAAAUGAAGUGGAGAAUAAAUUUGUUAUGGAAAAUAAAAAUAAAAAUAUUUUAAAAGAAAAAAAUAUUAAAAACAAAAGAAAAAAUGAAAUAUUUUAUGAAAAACUUUUAAAAGAAAAAGUCAAUUUUUAUGAAGAAGAAAAAGAAGAAAUAAAAAAGAGUUUUGAGAAUAAACUAGAAGAAGUAAUAAAAAAUUAUGAAGAAGAAAAAGAAAAAAAAAAAAAUUUAAUAAAUAAUAUUUACACUAAAUAUAUUAAUAUAAAAAAUGAAUUAAUAAAGGCAAAUAAUGAAAAGCAAAACCUAAAAAAAGAAAAUGAUAUAUUAAAAGAAGAAUUAAAAAAUCCAACAAAUUAUUGUAUAAAUAAUAAAAUGUUAAAUAGUUAUAAGGAGAAAUUAGACUACUAUAUAUUUUUAUCAAAAAAUAAGGAUAUAAAAAUUAAAAAUUUAGAAGAAGAAUUAAAAGCAACAAGAAAAAAUUUAGAAGAAAAAGAAAAAAUAAGUUGUGUGAUAUCGGAAGAAAAAAAAAAUUUGCAUAAAAUGAAUGUACUAUUGAAAAAGGAUACUAUAUAUUUGCAAAAAAAAUUAGAAAAAUUAAAAAAAAUGAAAGAAGAAAUGAAAGAAAUAAUAUUAUAUAAAGAAAUGAAAAUAAAUUAUUUUAUUAAUAUAUUAAAUAUAAUAGAUGAAACAAUUAUGAAUGAAAAUGAAAAUAACAAACAACCAAAAAAAAAAGGAAAUGAUAAGGUAGAGAUAGAUGCAAUAAAAAAUAUAAAUAAAAAAAUUAUAAUAAAAUCUAUACUUCAUAAAAUAAAAGAUUUAAAUAAAAAAAUAAAGAAACAUGAUAAAACACUAGAAAAUUUUCAAAAUCAAGAUGAUAAGUUUUUAUAUAAUAAAGAUGAGGUAAUUCUUAAAAGUAAUAAUAACGAUAAAAAAGAAAAAAAUGAAAAUGAAUUAAUUGAUAAUUAUUUUAAUUCACAGAAUUUUAUUUUAAAUGAAGACGAACAAAAUUUAAUCAAGGAAAACGAACACAUCAAAACCUUUUUUACAAAUUAUAAUGAGAGCAAUACAAAUGACAUUCUAAUAAAUAACUUAGAAGCAAAAAUAGAAUUAGAAAAUGUAGAAAAUGCUAAUGUAGAUGUAAAAAAAAAGGAAUAA